CCUUAUCGACGUUUCACACCACGCGGCGACCCACAAUAUUGUCACAUGAAACAGGGGCGGACGCCACGUCGCCAUGCGCCAAUAUGAACAUCCCCAUCAGAAGGGUAGGCAGAAACCCUUGGACAGGUUCGAUUCACAUGUUGGCAAUGCAACAUGUGGGUCCGCAACGGCAUGGCCCAGGGCGUUUACCGGGUCAGUGUCUCCGCCUUGGCGAAGACAUGGCUCCCAGAUGCGUCCAGAAAGAAGUGGAAUCACCUUCUCGUUAUCUUUUCGCUGUCUUCCUACAUUCCGUUUUGUUGUUCUUGUGGAGCGGUGAUACCUUCGUUCGCGACCUGUUUCUACACGUGGACUGUCUUUCGUCCAUGACAUUCAUUUCUUGACUCAGCGCCUGCACUUUCUUUUGACUCAAUCUCCCCUUUACGUCACACCUUAAACGAAGAUCUCUUCGACAUGCGUCUCCCAGCAGACAUCAUCCCGCUGGUGACGCUUUUCUUUCC